UAGGUAAGAUGGCGGCGCCCAGCUGUACUGUGUCUGGCGCCUGGGUCCGGGGUACCGGCCCGCGUUUGGGGAGUCUUUUCACUCUCGUCUCAAAGCCAUUUUGUUCCACCGCUGCUGCUACUAGGCCUCUGAAUGCCCAGAGACUAGCGGAGAGGCUCCGAGCCCAGAAACGGGAACAAGAGAAGAAAAAGCCGGAACCGACAAACCGUAUUCAACGGAGAGUGCAAGAACUCGUGCGGUUCACACGGCAGCUGCAGCGAGUUCACCCUAACGUCCUUGCAAAGGCACUGAGCCGAGGGAUUCUCCACCAGGAUGAGGACCUUGUGGUCAUCAAUAAGCCCUACGGUCUUCCUGUCCAUGGUGGCCCUGGGGUCCAGCUCUGCAUUAGUGAUGUACUGCCCAUCCUGGCAAAGAUGCUUCAUGGCCACAAGGCAGAGCCCUUACAUCUGUGCCACCGGCUAGACAAGGAAACCACAGGCGUAAUGGUGUUGGCUUGGGAGAAAGAUGUGGCACAUCAAGUCCAAGAGUUGUUUAGAACCCGUCAGGUGGCAAAGAAGUACUGGGCCAUCACUGUGCAUGUCCCCGUGCCCUCGGCAGGAGUCGUGGAUAUUCCCAUCAUUGAGAAGGAGGUGCAAGGCCAGCAGCAACACCACAAGAUGACGGUGUCCCCGAGCUACCGCAUGAACAGUGGUAAGAUGGUCAAAGUACGGACCAACCGGAACGCCCACAUUGCCAUGACUCAGUACCAGGUGCUCAGCAGCACUCUGUCCUCUGCCCUCGUGGAGCUCCAGCCUGUAACUGGAGUGAAACAUCAACUUCGAGUUCACCUGUCUUUUGGAUUGGAUUGCCCAGUCCUUGGUGAUCACAAGUACUCAGACUGGAAUAGAUUGGCCCCUCAGAAGCUUCCUGUUGGCAUUCUGAAGAAGUUGGGGCUGGAACAGUCAAAGGCCCGCCACAUCCCCCUUCAUCUGCAUGCCCGGCAGUUGAUGCUGCCUGCCCUGGGGUCCAGGAAGGAGGAACUCCAUUUGGUCUGUAGGCUUCCUCACUUCUUUGCACGUUCUCUGCGUCGUCUCGGUUUAGAGAUUCCAAAUCAAGAUCAAAUUGGGGACAAUGAAGCCAGGCAUCUGAGAGCACAGUGAAGACUGUUUGGCCCUUGAACUCUGCUUUGUUUCGUGGACUGUUGUAACUUCUCACUUGGAACAGACUCCAGAAGAGCCUGGUGGCAUAAAUUGAAGAAACUCAGCUGUGUCAGGGCUUUUAAUGGAGAAUAAAAUCUAUUCACUGAGA